CAAUUUCAAUACACUGUGUCGCAAAACAGAUGAGUAUACGGGGGUUCCCCUUUCGAAAGGAAAUGGAUAACGACUCGAUAAGAAGCAUGACGUCACAAUUACGGACUUUCAUAUCGUUUGCACUUCCUUGUCUGAUACGAUAUUGAUACAGAAAUAUAGGCAAACUUACAACACGGACAGCAUGAAAGAAUGUGUGCGUAUACAUAAUACAGGCUAGGAUAGCUCGGAAUGAUAACCUUUCCAGAUGACAUAAUUUUGCACAAAGAACAGAGACAGCUAUGUCUGUUAGUUGAAUAAGAUUCCGUUUCAAGAUAAUGCAAAGACCAUUUCACAAAAAAGGAGUGAGAAAAAUCAUUGACGACAUCAUUUCAUCACGCUAAAUUGAGUGUGUUAGUAGUAAAUCACAUGAAGAAUCGGUAGUCUACGCUAUACAGGUCAGGCAACGUUGUAAACGGGACAAUCGCCGGUACAUACACUGCCAGCAGCUUGGCCAAAGCUUGACCAUCAACUUCAAUUAAUUGCCCAAGUUCUAAAGAAUGAAACGACAAUGAAGCGUUUUACAAUGUUGCGAAGUUAUCUGUUGAGGUUCCAACUGCAAAUGUUGGGGAUAUUCUAUUGGGCACCUAUUCAUUGGCGGCAUCGCUGUCUCCUAUGUACCGACGAGAUGUGGGGAAGCAAGGCAGACAAAUUACGUCAUCAUGACCACGACAAGUCAUUGCCUUGUAAUGACUUGUUCAAAACAGAUGAACACAUCGUAAACGACCACGAAGCCCGAUUCGAUGACCCACGUGACGAGGACUUUGCCGAGGACAUGGACGAAAGCGCUGGUUUAUUAUCGCCCACCAACUAUAUGGGUGAACAUUCUGAGAUUUUGUGGGAAGAAAACACAGGAGAUGGAGAGAUUUGCGUUGUCUGUGCGAGUCUAAGGUGGAAUAGAGAAGGGGACGUGGUUCGAAACAUCGAGGAAUGGGUGCCUGGACCAUUCCGCAGAUCUGUUGGAACAAUAGUGUCCAUGCUCUUCAUGGUAGUCCUGACCUUUGGCAUGUGCUACAACACUGUCCUCUACUUCCGGUACCUGUUCGGUCGGGAAGACGAGGUGAUGCACCUGACUUCGUUCAUGUCCUUCUCCAUCAGCUUGAGCUCUGUCACCUUGAUCUGUGUGUACGCGAAAACCCGGUACUACCUGAGCGGGUAUGGCCGCAACCUGGACACAGAGAACAGUCGAUUAAGGGACUGGGGUUGGUGUGAGGUGCUGCAUCAAGAUUACAUGACUCGCCGUCUUCAGUACCUGUGUGGAGCUAGUGGUUUCGUCUUCCAAGCAUCUCUUUUCACAUGUCGUGUCUCCUAUGGCCCGCUGUCAAUGUGAUCUUCGAGAUUGUCUACAUGUACUUCAACAGUGUGGCCCAAGUCCAGCCUGUCAACUUGAUGUUUGCCGUGAUCGAGGUACUGUCCGUCACACAUGGGAUGCUGUUGUUUGGCGUAUUCUGCUACACCCUCUUCCUCCUUCGUUCCUCCUUCGAGACCGAGUGCAACCUGCUACUCGCUUUCUUCGUUGAGAACGAAGGCCAUCUCGAUCGGUGUCGCCUGCGGUUAGCCGAAACUUACCGCGAUUACAGGGUCUUUCGCUCAUCGGUCAGUGCCUGGGUUGCUUUCAUUGUUACCAUUGGCAUCCUAGGGCUAACCAUUCAUCUCAGCUGGAAUUACGAUGUCUACAGCGGCAACGAGAAGCUCGAAAUGAGCGGCAGGGACCUCAUCCUCCUCAACUGCCUCAUCUUUUCCGAGAAGUUAAUGAUCCUUACCCUGCCUGUCUUCGCAGUUGGCGGGAUGGACCACGACUGCCUCUGGCGUCAUUUCCACCUGGCCCUCUCGAGGAACCGUCGAAGUGAGCAGGAGUAUUUCUGGGAGCGUCUCACCUAUUACCUGCGCGAUCUGACCGAGAAUGACAGGGAGACUGGUAUCACCAUGUUUCUCUCCGUCGUCUCCCUGUACACGGGACUACGACUUGGCGUGCAAAACUUGGAUUAUUCCCGCCUUCCGGUGCAUUAGAGGAAUGAAGGUUAGGUUAUGUUAGGUGUCAAACAAUCGUUGUAGUCAUAAAUCUAGUCGAUCAACUCUUAAUACGCCGCACAAAAUGAUCUCCACGUGGCCACAGUGUAUUUAUCAUAGGGUAGAUGUAUACAAAAGAUUUAAGAUUAUUUAACUGUUUUAAAGUGCAAGAUUAGUCUAUACCAGUGUUAUAACGGUUGUCAUUUUUCAAAGCCAUAUUUUUGCCCGAAUUUGUUCUAGAUUUUUUUGCAUGUUUAGAGGGUUAGUACAGAAGAAGGCAAUGUAAUAAGUAAGAUUUCAUAAAAAAAUUACGCCGUUUUUUCAUCAACCUUCAACAAUGUUACCGUUUCACUUUAACUGGGAAUUAUGAAACGAAGCCCAGCAGUUAGAAAAAAUAUUAAGAGUAGCUGCUGGAUGUACUCUUUUUUCACCCGGUGCACUCGGGGCUUUAUUUCAAUUGCUCCAUGCAAGGGUAUUCAGGAAAAAAGAGGGUCUUCCUUUGCAAAAAUCUAAAGUACAAAGGCGUUGAAUCAGAUUAAAUGGCAACCCGAACGUUGCAGCACACAUUAACCAAAAAAUAGAGGCUGCCCUUCCGGGGGCAGGGG